CGUGGAAUAACCUAUAAUGUUUUGAGUAAUAUUUAAUGUAUUAUUUACAAAAAGAAUGAGAGUAUGACUGUGUAUAUCACUCUUGUCUACAGAUACAGGUCAUAUAUGGAAACAUCUUGAAAAGGCUCUCUAAAGUUCAUAAGCUCAUAUGUGACAGUUUUUAACUGCUUGUCAUCUCAAAUCUGUAUCCCCCAUCCCUCCACCUGUGCUCAACACUGUAUUGAACUGCCACAGAAGUGAAUUGUGAUCUCAAUUUAAACAGACACAGAUGCCUCGAUGCAGGACUUGUACCAGCAAACACUUUCAUUGGUCAAGCCCAGUAGCUCAAGGGCUGCUUUUGUCUGUUUUAACCUUUGGAGUGAUACUACCUAUAUGCUGUCAUCGUCUCCUUUACUCAUAUUAUUUUUUAAAGACUGUUUAUCUUGAUUCACUAAGUGAUGCAGCACUACAAGAAAGCUACGCCAGAGGCCAGGAAGCCCUGCAUUUCUGGGAAGCAGCAGCUUCUACAAAAAGCCUGAAAGACCCAUUGGAAACAGUUGCCAAGAAUCCGGAUCUCUUGGUCACUGUCGUGACAGCCAGGAGAGCAGAGGGGAGGGACUAUCACUACCUAUUACAAGUUGCACAACAGCUCCAUUCUCUCCUCAAUGCAUGUGGUGAAAAACCAUGUGCUGAGGUCAUGCUCUGUGACGUCGAAAGCGGUCCCACUUUAAAUGAGGAUGCUUUGCUUUUGGAGAAACAGUUUUUGGUUUUUAGACGUUCUCCAGAUGAGAGGUGGCAGAACAGAGACGUGGCCAACAUCUUCGAGAAGGAGAAAAGAGAUUAUGUUUACUGUCUACGCAAAGGAUGGGACCUGAUGAGGCCGAAAAACGUUGUUGUCCUGGAGGAUGAUGCACUUCCCUUGACAGAUUUUUUUCCAUCGGUUAAAAAUAUACUGUCGCGGAGAGUUGCACUUAAUACUUUAUACAUAAAACUCUACCAUCCAGAACGUCUGCAGAGAUACUGGAAUCCAGAGCCUUAUCGCAUUCUAGAAUGGAUGGGUCUCGGCCUGUUUGGGGCUACAAUCCUCCUCCUGUUGUUAUCUUACUAUACACCUCUUUCUUUUACCUUCUCAGCUCUUCAUUUUCUCUUUCUGGCUCUCUACGUAAUGGCUGUGGCUGAGCUGGCAGGGAGGCACUAUCUCCUGGAGAUCAGACGGCUUUCACCUCAGCUGUAUGCUGUGUGUCCAGCCACUGAAUGCUGCACCCCUGCUAUGCUUUAUCCAGGUAACGCUUCCAUUCGAGCUGCCGAAUACCUGGACCAGGCCAUCUGUGCUCAGGGAAAUGCGAAAGACAUGGUGCUGUACAAGAUAGCCAGAUCGAGGCCAGGUGAGAAGGCACACAGUGUUGAACCCAAUCUCAUCAAGCAUAUUGGAGCUUACUCCUCCAUCAGGACGAACCCCGUUCCACCAAGAUUAAUAUGACAUCAGAUUGUUCUCAUAGAACAUGUCAAGUUAAAUAUAAAACAUAUUUCAGGCACGGUUUUAACAUGUACUCAUUGAGAAGUUAGACACAAUAACACUUAGAUUGGGGCCCAAAAAUUGUCUAUACUCACAUACACUGAUUUAUUUGGAUAUAAAUAACAAAAAUAAAACCUAGAGAAGUUUUAUAUAUGUGACCCCUUGUUUGCUGCAGCUUCGGUCACCGAUGCUUUAAGAAUGUGAUGUAUUUUUAUACACAUUUCUAUCUUGACUAAAGAAUGGUAUGUUUCAAUUUUGCAGUCUUUACAAUGUUAUAUAUUUGAGAUUGAUAUAUUAUUAUUAUUAUUACUUGCAUCUGCUAGAAUGAUCAUUAUCUUUCAUUAGUGAAUUUCCUGGUUUCGUUUAUAUACCACACCAGCAAUAAAAUAAUUUUAUAUUUCAUGGCUGAAAUGUGAUUAUGUUUAAAGAAAUCAUAGCUGGUUGUUUUCCAGAAAACUAGUUUUUAAUCAAGUUUUGAGAUUUACACCUAGAUUGCUGCUUGUCUUUUAAAAUAAUGUUAUCAACUUUUGUCUAUUUGUCUAGUGCAGAAAAAAUGGAAAAAUUUAUUUUUGCAUCAGAAGGGAAUUAAUAGGGUUAUGAACAUGACUUUAUAUCAAUCAUAAAUUAAUGGCAAGUUUGCACAGUCAAAACACUUUAAAAUUAAGAUAAAAAUAUCCCCAGAUACUGAUUUAUUUACGUUAAAAGAGAGAGAGAGAUUGUUUGCAUGGACUUGUAUUGAUCUCUCAAUAUAUGGCGUUUAUAGAAAUCACUUUUGGUAGAAAAUAAAUAU